GACCUGGUGAUCCUGCUUCUGUACAAAGGGAAAGAGCCUCCACCUACCUUGGUCUCCUUCCCUCCCCGGUUCCUCACUCCCUUUUUCCCCCUCAGGCUGGCAGGAUUCCUCGGGCAGAGCAUGCAAUCAGUUCGCAGGGAGCAGCCGCAGCCACAGGAAAGAUGCAGAAGCACAAUCAGAAGGAGCACCUCUACAAGCUCCUGGUGAUCGGGGACCUGGGAGUGGGCAAAACCAGCAUCAUCAAACGUUAUGUCCACCAGAACUUCUCCCCCCACUACCGGGCCACCAUCGGGGUAGACUUCGCCUUGAAGGUGCUGAGCUGGGAUGCUGAGACUGUGGUACGGCUGCAGCUCUGGGAUAUUGCGGGUCAGGAAAGAUUUGGAAACAUGACCAGAGUAUAUUACAGAGAGGCCAUGGGGGCAUUUAUUGUCUUUGAUGUUACAAGACCUGCAACAUUUGAAGCAGUGACAAAAUGGAAAGAGGAUUUGGACUCUAAGUUGGUUCUUCCAAAUGGCAAACCUGUGCCAACAGUCCUCUUAGCAAACAAAUGUGACCAGGGAAUAGAUGUUCUUAUGAACAACGGCAUCAAGAUGGAUCAGUUCUGCAAAGAGAAUGGGUUCGUGGGCUGGUUUGAAACAUCAGCCAAGGAAAAUAUAAACAUCAAUGAAGCUUCCAGAUGCUUGGUGAAACACAUAAUUGCUAGUGAGAGUGAUCCAGUUCAGUCUAUUGAACCAGAUAUUAUAAAACCACACUUGAAUUCCUCCAAGAUUGUCAGUUGUUCAGCUUGCUUUAAAUCCUAAGAGACUUCCCGACUAUUACAAGAGCUGCACAACUAUGAUUCACAAUUUAUUCAAAGUACCCAGCCUGCCCAGAUUGUCCAUAAGCAGAUUGCCAUUUUCUCAAAAAUAUACUUAAAUUUUUCCAUAUAUUUUUGACAGCUAAAAUUUAUUAUGAGCUUUUUCAUUGAUAGCAAUAUUCAAAACUGUCUGGCUACUGGUCAAAUAAGACUCAUGAUGAUGGCUGUGUUUUCAUGGUUGGGUAGCACCACCAGUGACAUCAAAAUCUGUUUCUUUGCAAUGUGGUUUCUGAAAACUAGUAUUUGUGAUGUGACUGCAGCAAUACCCUAUUUGUCCAUUGGUCCUCCAUCCUUUCUUUUCAAUACCUUGGCCAGAAAACAAUAAUCAUUACACUGUUUUGUCACCCCUAAAAUUUGAACAAUCUUGUUUCUUAUGAGGAAGGUGAUGAUGACAAUAAAAAUAUAGCUGUUCAGAAAGAGACAACAAGAAUGUUCCCAUUCCAAGUUCAGUCUCCUGCAUAAAGUGACUGGCAGGACUGAACACGAAACAACCCUUCACAUCAUUCAGUUCUCCAGAAGAUCUCAGCUCCUGAGACUGAAUCCUGAUAUAGUACUGGCUCAUUCUUUCUGAAGAGUUACAUUCUUAUAGUUGUUAGCAUUGUCUUCAGAUGAAGUAAAAUAAAACAAGUUAAUGUUGCAGGGUGGCAAAGCAGAGAAUAGGGGGUACAGUCUCAUAGGUGAAGCAGCUGAGAGUUUUCCAAAAGGUUAUAUAUGUUAUAAAGCCAGCCUCUCCUCUGAAAAUUACUCAUUGAUUUUGUUCACGUCUUUCCAUCCUUCAUGUCUCAAAUGUCCCUGUGUGUUUAAACUGUGUAUAUUCUAUAAGUCCCUCCAUGCAUCCUUUCAUUAUGUUGAUUCUUGUGGGAAAAUUCACUAUCCACACUAUAAUGUAACAGCUGAACUUUCCAGGAAUACAUCUGUUGAAUAGCAGGGUAUUCGCUUUCUGAGAACACAAUUAUAUGAAUAAUAACAGGAAGCAAAAUGAAACAGUCUUAAGAAAUGUUCCUGGAAUAGGUGCAGAAUUUGUAGAGCUGUCCUGCAGAAAUUAAAUGGUUGACUUUCAGAGUCUCACAAAAUAUGCAGGUUGUGGAGUCAUUCAGACAAGUGUGUCUAGACAAGAAGUCUUGACAUCUGGCUUCAAGCCCCUGCAAGACAAACUUUGCCUGUCUCUUGCUGUAGACAAAUCACUUGCAUUUUCUGUUACUACUCAGCCUUUUCCUUCCUAAUCUGUGAACUCUCAGUGACAGGAGCUGUCUUCUGAGAUGGGUUUCUCUCCUUAGAGAUGUGUAACACUGUGGAGGGCAGGAGGCAGAAUCUCAUGAUGUCUUGUGUUUGCAGACGUCACUGCAACACUUCACUGAAUACGUAGUUGAAAAUGAAGGAUUGAAACUCUCAAAGGCUAGUAAAUAGGUGCUGUCUAUGAAAAAAUUUUUAAAAAAAUCCUCAAGCUGACCUUAUUCUGUGAGAUUUAUGGGGUUUGUGUGUCUCUAAACAUCUUAUUACUUGGCAGUGUUAGGUUUAUGGUUAGACUUGAUGAUCUUAAAGCUUUUUUCAAACCUAAAUGAUUAUGAUUCUAUGAUUCUAUUACUGAAUGAUCUGUUACUAUAUAGGCACUGCAGAGGAGACCUGGGGACAGAGAGAUAGCUCCUUAUGUGCUCUUCUUAAAGCCUUAAAUUGAUAUAUUUGUGUCACAGAAUUUUAGAAUAAGAAAGCAAGGUCUGUGGUUUUAAAAAUAAAAAUUCAUAUCCAGAAUUAAUCCGCACACACACAUAGAUGUAAGGAUCCAUAUAUACCAUGAGUUGGCUUUUUUUCAAGGAGAGUAAUUUUCAUGUUGUCUAGAUUGCAGUGUUAUCCUUUAACAUCCUUUUUAAACAUCCUUUAACUCCUGCUGUGAUCUAGGUCAAAUACCUUAACAUUUCUGCCUCAGUUUCAUCAUCUGUAAAAUAGGGAUUGAUGUACACACCUACCUCACAGCGCUCCUUGAAAGUUACUGUUGGCACUGUGCUUUGAAGAUAUAUGUUAUACAAAUGUCAAGCUCUAUUAGUGUUCAGAAUGAAAUAUGAGUGCCCUCUAGCAUAAAUACAUGGUGCUGUAAUGCCUUAAUGUUCUAAAUCUAUACAGUGCUUGUCUGUGCUGCAACAAUUAGCUUCAAUUAUUCCACCUCAGUUAACCUAGUUCAGGUUAUGAAGCAACAUGUGACUGCAUGGGAUGAUUAGAUUAGCUGCAGAUGGGUUGCAAACGGAAACUGUGGCUGCACAGAUGUCAUGGCGCUAGUUUAUUAAUCUCAACAGCAAAGCUGCAGCUCAGAACUUAUGCCAGGCCAGCUAUUUCAAAUUUAAAGCAUUGUUUAAGCCAAGUUGUAUGGAUGCCUUUUUAAGAAUAACACUUAAUUCAUACCUUGAGUCAAUACCGUGGGAAGCACAAGCACCUAGAUAUUCAGAUGGCUUCUAAAGGGAUAAGUUUUCAUCAGCUGAACCCCAUGCUUUACUUAUAAAUCUGUAUGCAUCUGGUGAAUCAGAAGAAGUUGUAAUUUCUUCCAAAAAUUAUUUUGUGCCCAACGUGCAACAAACUUAGCUGUUGCUAAUGUGUUUUAAUUAUCUUCAGAUCACUUGUCUUUGGUGGCGUCUAGCCAAUAUUCAUUAAGCACAAUGGUAACUUCCACAAACAUUUGAGAGCUGUGGCUAAAAAUAUGGUAUAACAGAAAUAUAAAAAUGACAUAAAUAAAACACUUAAAGGACAUAUAGUUUGGG